AUGUUCGCCUUCUUGCCAGCUCAAAGUUAUUCGGAAAGAAGAUGCCGCAAUCCACUCGACCUUCUGCUGCUCGCCGCCACGGUAGUCGCUCUGAUGCCCGCUUAUAUUAGUCUCUUCGGACUCGUCGAACAGGUACAAGCCAGCCUUCCGGGAAUGCGGCCCUCUUGGCUGCUGUCGCAGCAGCAGCAACGCCUGUUGCCAGGCGGCCGCCGGCAACUGCUUCUCGACUCAAGCUCCAACCCCGCCGGCGCCUCCUCACAGACCCGUCUGGCACCGGUUCCUCUGGAUCCGGAGUUGCGGUUGUUCGAUUCAGCCGCCGACGCCGGCGACUUGGAGCUCAGGCCCACGCUGAACAGGCCGUUUGCGCCUCGAAAACGCAGUCCAUACGACCUUUCGUUCAACAGUGACAUGGCGCUCAUCCGCGACAUGUACAACCGAAUGCACGGCGAAGGAGAGGACAGUUUGAUUGACUUGGGCAGAUAG